AUCUACACAAAGCUUGCAGAAUUAAAAGUAAACACUGUUGUCAAUGUGUAUGGUGUGGUUAAAUUUUUUAAGAGCCCUUUUAAGACCAAAGGCUCUGAUUUUGUGUGCACCCUGAGUUUAGUGGAUCCAUCACUGCCUUCUUUGGAUAUUUCUUUUAAAUGCGUAUUAUUUUCCAAGUCAAAGGAGGGCUUGCCUUCGGUCAAGACUGUAGGAGAUGUAGUUCGUUUUCAGCAUCUUGGAGUUGGUCAUUAUCAGGGUGAGCUUCAGGGAAAAUUCACAGCAGAUUCUUCUUGGUAAGUUUAAAUUAACCACUGCUUUUAUUAUCUCCGCAUCCUGCGUCCCUGAUGCAAAAUAAUUCAUGAAAUGCAUCCCACAGGAUGCAAAGAACAGUUGAUCGAUUUGAAGAUUUUUUGGUAGAGUAUCCUGUUAAUGUGAUUUCUCUGGCUGUUGUUCAAAGAUGCAUAUUUAUUUUAGUCUUUUUUGUGCUUUAAAUAUAUAGAAGGACUGUACUACUAAUUUAAAACUGUAAUAAAGAGUUUUGGCAUCUGUCUCCAGAUUAACUAUCUGGUUACAUAAAGGCCCGAACAUUUUCCAUUUAGGACUCCUUUUUUCUUUUUUUUUUUUUACUGGAACUCAAUGGUUAUAGACAUAAGGCUGUGCUCUAGCAGAGCCCGGUGGCCCAUGGCACCUAACUUUUGUUCUCAGGCGACUAGAAAAUCUUUGCUUUUUCAUAGAACCCGUAUGCUGGGCACACUGGAUUUACAAGUUCAGAGCACUGGGUUCCCUUCAAUUUUUCUUAGAGCACAGCCUUGGGACAGGGACUCAUGAUUUUUCACAAGAUGAAUCCCAGGACUCACCAUAACUGUUUGUAACAAAAUUACUGAUAAACCCUUCAAAUGCUAAGAGUGACCAUGAGUGGGAAUGAUAAUUCUUUUUAUUUUCUUCCAGCAAUAUCCCUAUAUCAUCAAAGGAAAGGUUAUCAGAAUUUACAUUAAAUGUUCACUAAAGGGAAAAAAUGCUUUUAUCUUUUAUCAAAAGAAAGAGGAUGGGAAAUUGGAUAGAGAUCACCGGAGUAAGGAAGAAACACUUUCCUUUGGUGAUAAAAAGCUUGAUUGACUAGAACUGAUUACUUGUCUUGCUUCUUCACCCAUAUAUUUUUGUUGUUGCGUUGGCACCCCCCCCCCUUCCCCAUGUCCUCCCUCCUCUCCCUCCUCCAUCUCAAGCACUGGCCACUCAGCAGCAAGGAAAUUUUUAUCAUCAUUUUUUCAGGGUUGUGUUUGACAUACACAGCUCAGAUACUCCACAAGUGAGAGCAUCCUCAUCAAAGUCAUACAAUUUGACCGAUGAUGAAAGAGGUGUCCUUGAAGAACUACAAGCAUGGAGUGCACACAAGGAGGCUCUCAACAAAAAAUUCUCAAUCACCAAUCUGAAAGAUCUAAGUACCACUCACCAUUUCAUAAACUUACUUGCUCAAGUGGUAGCCAUAAGGUGGACAGAAAAAGGUGACAUAGUCCUGACAAUGUGGGAUGGGUCCCUUCCCACCUGCCAAUCAGUACUGGUUGAUCCAAUCAGUGAACAGGGGCAAGUUAUGUCUGAUAAACUCAUGCGUAAAGCAUCUAAGCGCUGCAUUGAUGUAAUUCUCUAUGACAACCAUGUCAGAAGCAUUGGUACAAAGGUCUGCCCUGGUGAUUUUGUUUGUAUCAGGAAUGUACAUGUUAAGGAGAGAACAGCUGACGGCAACGUUACAGCACAUAAUCCUCAGGUAAUUUGUGGUAGUAAAAGGUACAAUAAUACGUAA